AUGGCCGACGAGGAUUUGAACCUGUACGACGAGAUCGAAAUCGAGGACUGCUUCUACGACGAGACCCUGCAGAUCUAUCACCAUCCAUGUCCAUGCGGCGACCGCUUCGAGAUAUCCAUCUACGACAUGCGAGAUGGAGAAGAUAUUGCGCGCUGCCCCAGCUGUAGUCUGAUGAUCAGGAUUAUAUUCGAUCCGUCUGACCUCCCUCCCGAAAAGACGGAUGCGCUCCAAACUGCAGCCAUCAAGGCUUAG